AUGAGUGAGACUGACCGCUUCGACAGCAUGCUGCUGACCAUAGCACAGUCGCGGCGUGGCAUCGAGCCGCUGCUCGACACAGUAUUUUCCUUUUUGCGUCGCAAGACCGAUUUCUUUGCAGGAGCUGAGUCGCAGGUGAUCGAGGAGACGAUACUCAAGAGUGUGCUUCCACAAAAAGCAACAGGAAGCCGAAAGCGUCGGAAGCAGGAGGAAGCACAAUUGGAGAAGAUCCAAAAGAAGGAGCAAGAGGAGAAGGCCAAGAACCCGCCACGCUUUGAGGAAAUUACGGACGGCGAUAACACCGAGACUAAGGAAGCCACACCCGAGCAGGCGUCGCCUCAGGAGAUAAACACGACGAAGGAAGUGGGCGAUGAGGAAGAAGAGGACAAUGGACCGCCGCUUGUGGGCAACGGAGGCCAAACUGACAAGUAUGUAUGGACGCAAACGCUGCAGGAAGCUCAGAUCAACUUUGCAGUUCCUGAAGGUACCAAGUCCCGACAGGUUGAUGUGGAAAUCCGUGCUGGAAAGCUGCGCGUUGGUCUCCGAGGCGGCGAGACAUUUGUGGAUGGACCUCUGUACAACAAAGUAAAAAUGGACGACAGCUUCUGGACGCUGGAAGAUGGUAACCGCAUCUGCAUCUACCUGCAGAAAGACAACCAAAUGGAGUGGUGGAAGACUAUCGUCCAGGGGGACGCGGAGAUCGACACUCAAAAGGUGCAGCCCGAGAACUCUAAGCUCGACGAUCUGGACUCCGAUACACGCCAGACUGUCGAGAAGAUGAUGUUUGACCAGCGUCAGAAGGCCAUGGGCCUUCCGUCGAGUGACGAAAUGCAGAAGCAGGAGAUUUUGCAAAAGUUCAUGGCGCAGCAUCCCGAGAUGGACUUUAGCAAGGCCAAAGUUAAUUAG